CUGGCGCAAGGCAAUAUUUACACGUGCGCUCGCCACUUUCCCGAUUUUCUCAGAAACUCGCACGCUUGUGCUCUCUCUCUCUCUCGCUCGCUCGCUCUCGCUGUCGCGCUGCUAGUGCUCGAGCAAAUAGCCUCUCUUCUACAAGGACAGUCGCAUUUGUGAACACAACCUUUUUGGAGCCUUUUUGAGCUCACUGGAGCUUGUUAGUUGAACUGAAAGAUGGAGCUAGAUAUCAUCAAAGAUGCAUUUGACCGUAUUUCUAAGAAGCAAAAGUUAUCUUCUUCUAAAUCCCAAGAAGUUAUUGACCUAGUUGGCCUUGAAGUUGAACAGGCAUUGGGAAAAUUCCAGUCAGCUCAUGACCCCACCUCCCCUGUUGAUCAGAAGUCCGUACUCACAGAUCUUAAACUAAAGCUCAAUGCAAUUGGUCCUCUCCACCAGUUAGAAGGGUCACAGAAGGAACUAAACUUAAAUCUUAGCAAGUACCAGAAACUACUUGAAAAAUUCUUGAAUCCUGACAUAUCAAAGGCAUAUAGAAAUGUGGACUUCGACUUCCACAUUGUGAAUCAGAUUGUUGCAGUCCAUUUCUACCGGCAAGGUUUGUUUGAUCUUGGCGAUAGCUUAUUAAAUGAAGCUGGAGAACCAGAGGCAACUGCAUUAAAAUCUCAAUUCUUGGAUUUGCAUCAGAUAAUUGAGGCUGUAAGAGUUAGGAACCUUGAGCCUGCUCUGAAGUGGGCCUGUACAAACCGCGAGAAGCUCAAGCAGAAUAGUUCAAAUGUUGAGCUUAAACUUCACAGGCUGCAGUUUGUGGAGAUUUUACAGAAAGGGACCCGAACCGAUGCUCUUAACUAUGCCAGAGCUUACCUUACUCCAUUUGCUUCCCUUCACAUGGAGGAGAUACAGAAGCUUAUGGCUUGCCUCUUGUGGGCAGGAAGGCUUGACAGAUCCCCAUAUCACGAGAUGACUUCUCCAACCCAUUGGGAUAAUUUGACUGAAGAGCUGACCCAGGAAUUCUGCAGUCUCUUGGGGCAGUCCUAUGUGAGCCCGUUGAGCGUGGCAAUAGCGGCUGGGGUUGAAGGGUUGCCUACUCUUUUAAAGCUAUCAAAUGUAAUGUCUGCAAAGAAGCAGGAAUGGCUGGCAAUGAAACAGCUUCCAGUGCCAGUUGAGUUGGGGAAGGAGUUUCAGUUUCAUUCGAUAUUUGUUUGUCCUGUGAGUAGGGAUCAAGGCAGUGAAGAGAAUCCUCCAAUGCUGAUGCCUUGCUUGCAUGUUCUUUGCAAGCAAUCAAUCAUGAAGCUGUCAAAAAGUAGCACACGGACAUUUAAGUGCCCAUAUUGUCCAGCAGAGGUUUCAUUCGCACAGUGCAGGCAGCUGUAUUUCUGAUGUGAGUUUGUGAAUUCCUCUCUCUCUCUUCUCUCUCGGACUUAAAUGCUGUGUUUGGUAAUGGCUGGUAGUGCAUUUACUAUUGUGUAUAUAGAAAUUCUUUCUAGAUUCCUUUAUGGUUGUUGAAAAACUAAUUAGUUAUACAAUAAUUUAGACAAGUUGUUCAUACAUUAUUAUUAUAGUGAGGUGAUGACCUUGCCUUGGACCACUGAUAUCAUCCUCUCUCCAUUGGACAAAGGUCAAAAAGGAAGACAUGCAACAACUUUCAGGUGAAACAUGCUGAUUGAUUCGGAGAUUGCCUUUGUUGUUUCCUCUCUUUUCAAGUUUCAUCUAUUCAAAAUUCUUCUCUAAUCUAUUCUGUGGUAGCCGAUUCUGAAUAUUGAAGUCCUUAAUGCCUGUAAUUAGAUCAUUUAAGCUUUUCAUCGGGUUAAACACUGUCAAACCCGGUAGACAUUUUAUGACACAUUCAACCUGGUCCAUUGGCUUAGUUGGAGUAA